GCCCCCUCCGCCGCCCGGCUGCCGCGCGGCAUUGCCCGGCCGCCGCCCGCCGCAGCCCGGGAAGGCUGUGGGGAGAGAGCCCACGGUAGCGCGGUGGGAGCUGCGGGAGGCCGAGAGAUUAAAACCGAAGAGGCGCUGGCGAAGAACGGACAUGCUUGACACUUGCCUGCAGUUGCCUGUGUUGUGCUACAGCACGAUUUUUACCCGAUAAGGAGAGACUGAGACGCUGUUAUUUUCAUCUUUGACUCUUCAGGUUAUUAUAUAAAUGUAAUAAUAAAGUAAAAUCUACGGAAAGAGCACCUGGGAACUGAGCAUGGUAGGAUCUUGAACAAAAGUAGCUGCUAUCGCGAAAAGAGCAAGGGAAGGAAUGGCAUCCCGAGAGAGGCUGUAUGAGCUUUGGAUGCUUUACUGCAAUAAGAAAGAUCCAGAUUACCUGAAGUUGUGGCUGGAUAGCUUUGUUUCUAGCUAUGAACAGUUUCUGGAUGUGGACUUUGAGAAGCUGCCAACUCGGGUGGAUGACAUUCCUCCAGGAAUAUCACUGCUUCCUGACAACAUUCUUCAGGUCCUCAGGCUCCAGCUGCUACAGUGUGUCCAGAAAAUGUCAGAUGGGCUAGAAGAGCAGCAGCAGGCUCUCUCACUUUUACUUGUGAAAUUCUUUAUCAUCCUUUGCAGAAAUUUGGCUAAUGUGGAAGAGAUUGGGAUGUGUUCAUACAUUAACCAUGUUAUCACCAUGACUACGUUAUACAUUCAACAGUUAAAAAGCAAAACAAAAGAAAAAGAACUGGCAGAUCAGACCCCUAUAGAAGAAUUUGUGCGACAUGCAUUGGCUUUUUGUGAAAGCCUCUACGAUCCAUAUCGAAACUGGAGGCAGCGAAUUGCAGGACGUUUCCUUAGUACGGUUGAGAAAAGCAGACAGAAGUAUAAACCAGCUUCUCUCACUGUUGAGUUUGUCCCUUUUUUUUACCAAUGCUUUCAAGAAAGUGAACAUCUCAAGGAAAGCCUAAAAUGUUGCCUGCUGCAUCUUUUCGGAGCUAUUGUGGCUGGUGGUCAGAGGAAUGCUCUUCAAGCAGUAUCUCCUGCCACUAUGGAAGUCUUGAUGCGUGUUUUAGCAGACUGUGACAACUGGGAUGACAGGAACCCUGAGGAAGUGAGCAGGAAAGCAGAGCUGACUCUGAAGUGCCUGACAGAAGUUGUCCAUAUCCUUCUAACCAGCAGUUCUGACCAGCGGCAAGUGGAGACAAGUACAAUAUUGGAGAAUUAUUUCAAGUUGCUUAAUUCAGACCAUUCAGCUUUACCUAAUCCAAGGCGAUGCAGGCAGUGGGAGAGCAGGUUCAUAGCACUACAAAUCCAGAUGCUGAAUACCAUCACAGCCAUGUUAGACUGCACAGAUAGGCCUGUUCUGCAGGCUAUUUUCCUUAACAGUAACUGCUUUGAGCAUCUCAUUCGACUGUUGCAGAACUGCAAGCUGUUUUUAAAUGCUAACAAUAAAGUGGCAGACAAGAGUGAGAAAGACCUUGCCAACAAAUUACUGACAGAAAUGAAUGAGGACCAGGUGUUUCAGGGGCACCUAGACCGCUUGGCAGUUUCAACUAUUCAAGCCCUUACUGCAGUAAUGCACAAUUCUCCAGCUGCUAAGGAGGUCUUCAAAGAGAGGAUUGGUUAUGCACACAUCUAUGAGGUACUGAAAUCGCUGGGUCAGCCCUCACGGGAAUUGCUGGAAGAACUCAUGAAUAUGGCUGUUGAAGGUGACCACAUGGCUGUUGGGAUACUAGGCAUUAGUAAUGUCCAGCCCUUAUUGCUGCUUAUCCAGUGGCUUCCAGAACUAGAAUCACAUGACCUGCAGAUUUUCAUCUCAAAUUGGUUGAGGCGAAUCUGCUGUAUUAACAGACAGAGUCGUGCCACGUGUGUCAAUGCGAACAUGGUCAUCCGUAUCAUUGAGACACUGAAGUCCCACUCUGCACUCCACUCUACUUGUGCAGAGAACCUCAUUGCCCUUCUGGGCUCUUUAGGGAGCCAGUCAAUGGGCUCAGAAGAACUGCUUCAACUAAUACGGCUCCUGAGGACUGAGGAACCAAAACGAGCUCACCCUUAUGUUGUUCCAGUGAUGCGAGCCAUCCUGGCAAUGGCCCGAAAGCAGGGCAUGGCUAGUGCUUUGCAGUAUUUCAACUUGUACCACAGCAUGGCUGGAAUUGCUGUUCCAUCAAUUCACAAGUGGCCAGGCUCUGCAUUUUCUUUCAAUGCUUGGCUCUGCCUUGACCAGGACCGGGUGGACCCUAGCACAACUAGCAAAAGUGGCAAGAGGAAGCAACUCUAUAGCUUUUUUACAGGAAGUGGUAUGGGUUUCGAAGCAUUUAUUACGUACUCUGGGGUAUUGGUGGUUGCAGUUUGCACAAAGAGGGAAUAUGCGACAGUGAUGCUGCCUGACCAUUGUUUUUUUGACUCUCUCUGGCACAACAUAACUAUUGUUCACAUGCCUGGAAAGAGGCCCUUUGGUCAGAGCCUUGUGUACAUCUAUGUCAAUGGACAGCAGAAGGUCUCUGCCCCACUUCGAUUCCCUGCCAUGAAUGAAUCUUUUACGUCUUGCUGCAUUGGUUCAGCUGGUCAAAGAACAACAACUCCUCCUCCAUCUCAGAUACCAGAUCCGCCUUUUUCCUCCCCCAUUAUGCCUCAUCGGACAUCACUUGGGGGCAUUCUCUCUACGGGAAGUUGGGGUGGGGUGCUUGGAAAACCAGAGCUCAUCACCAAGAUGAUCUCAGCAGGGACUCAGGACAGUGAAUGGGGAUGUCCAACAUCUUUGGAGGGCCACCUUGGGUCAGUUAUCAUCUUUCAUGAAGCACUGCAACCUCCUCAGGUGAAAGCAUUAUAUUUAGCAGGUCCAAACUGUUUAACUCCAUGGAAGUCUCAAGAGGCUGAAGUAGCAGACCUCCCCAGUAAGGUGCUGCUCCAUUAUACACCAAAGGCCUGCAGAAACCCAAUUUGUCUUGAUCUUUCUGCAAAUCUUUUACAUGGAAGGCUAACUGGAAACAAAGUAGUGAACUGGGACAUAAAGGAUAUGAUCAACUGUAUUGGUGGAAUAAAUGUGCUGUUUCCAUUGCUGGAGCAGAUCAGUUUUCUUGGUGGAAAGGUGCCCGAGAAGUCUGAAGGGGAAACUCUACCUCCAGAGCUAGUUACUCCUGUAGAGGGAGACUGGGUGGUGUUGUCAUCCACAAAGGCAUCAGAAGCCCGCCUGGAGAAGAGCAUUGUUGCAACUUUUAUCUUGAUGAUAAAACACUUUAUUCAGAGACACCAUGUUAACCAAGAAAAUCUCAUUCACUCCCAUGGAGUUGCCACCCUCGGAGCCUUGUUACAGAAGGUGCCAAGCAUCUUAAUGGACGUGAAUGUCCUGAUGGCUGUGCAGUUGUUGAUAGAACAAGUCUCUGUAGAAAAGAACAUGCAGCUUUUGCAACAGAUGUAUCAACACUUACUUUUUGACUUCAGUAUCUGGAACAGUGGGGACUUCCCCUUCAGAAUUGGGCACAUACAGUAUCUUUCUACGAUCAUCAAAGACAGCAGGAGACUCUUCAGAAAGAAAUAUGGUGUGCAGUUUCUUCUAGAUACACUCAGGAUUUAUUAUGGGAGUAGCUGUAAAGACAGUGAUUUGGCUCCUGAUGAUCUCAGAACAAUACGGACAUCCCUCUAUGGAUUGAUCAAAUAUUUCCUGAGCAAAGGUGGAACACAUGAAGAAAUACAGAGCAUUGUAGGAUACAUUGCUGCCACCAGUGAAGAGGAGCAGCUGUGUGGAAUUCUGGAUGUUCUCUUCAGCCUACUUCAUUCCAGCCCAACCCCAGACCAGCUUUUUCUAUUGCUUUUUGAACCAGGGAAUGCUGAUAUUCUUUAUGCUCUGUUAUUGCAUCAAAGGUACUCUGACAGGCUUAGAGAGCUUGUAUUCAAGAUUGUGGAAGAGAUGCUGAAAUGUACUAAAGUUUAUGAACGUAGUAAGCACCGUAUGAGACUCAGAGAAGUGGGAUACUCUGGACUUGGGCUCCUUCUGAAUGAAUCGCCAGUUACUGUUUCUCUUAUUAAAAACCUUCUUAACCAAGUUCUGUAUGCAGAUCCUGUUGUGAAUUAUAAAGAUCUAUUAGCUGUAGUGCAUCUGGCUCACAGAUCAGAUAUAAAUGUGAGAGUGGUUAUCUGUAGAAAGGUCUUGCACCUUUUGCAUUCCCAGUUGGAUGCAGCACAACAGAUUUCUCAGCAGCUGGGCUGGCAGGACACUUUGAUUAGACUAUUCCUGAAAGAAAACUCAGAUGUUCGGAUUGUCUUUAAAGAGAACAGGGCCGAUUCCACAAGGGAAGAGUUAAAAAAACCUCCUGCUGAAGAGCUUCAGAAACAUCAAUCUGAUAAGGCAGAGGGAGACAAAACUGGCAGCUUUGCAUCUGUUAAUGGUCUGUUCGAUCAGUGGAGUUUAGAAGACAACAAAUCCCUGGAUGUCCCUGCUCAUUUCUCUGUUAUGCCAUUGGAGGAUGCAUCCACAGCAGAGAUGUCUUUUAGGUUGGAGGACCGAGAAGAACUGUGGCACAGUAACCCUUCACAUUUAAGUUUAGAUCUGUCCAGUGUGGACUCCUAUGAACUGGCUGACAUUGUGAAUCAGAUGAAUGAUAGCCAGCCCAGCACACCAUCACCUACAGAGAACACGAAACCAUUCUCUGUGCAGCCUGACAAAGAGCUGGGUGUUAUAAAUGAUGUGGGCUUCCCAACUGAUCUUUCCUUAUUUGAAAACCAAGGAGGGGGUGAUAAUGAACUCAUACAGUUACUUACAGACAUCCUACUGUGUAUAAUGUGGAAAGGCAUUGAGAAAUCCGAUGAUGCUGCUUGGAUUGAGAGAGGACAGGUGUUUUCUGCACUGACUAAACUGGGGAUAUCCAAUGAGUUGCUGCGGCCUUCUGAUGAAAUAAAACUCAACUUGCUGGAGAAGAUGUUAGAAUGGUCAGUCACCGAUAACAGAGAUUCAAAAGCACUCCCUACACAUGCUGAAAAUGCCUUCAAGCUCUUGCUAAUUGUACAGGAUUUCCUGCAGGCAGAAGGACUAGUUAAUUCGAAUUUGUGGACUGAAAAGCUCUUGGAAGAGCUAGUGACUCUCAUGGAUAGCCUGUCAGUCUGGUACUCUGCUGGCCUAGAAGCAGUUAGGCUUUCACAAGUACAAGUCCAGCUGCUCCUUGGAUUCAUUGCGCAAGAUAACUUACAGGUCUGUGCUAUGGCAGCAGCCAAGCUAAACACCCUUCUCCAGACCAAGGUAAUUGAGAGUCAGGCUGAAGCAUGCUACCUCUUGGGGAAGCUGGAAGGCAUCUUGAGUAGAUCAAUUGAAGAGAAGACAGAAACUUACUCAUUUUUGAUUCCCCUUGUUCGGACAUUGGUAUCCAAGAUUUAUGAGCUUCUCUUCAUGAACUUGCAUCUCCCUUCAUUGCCUCCUACCAAUGGCAGCCCAUCUUUCUUUGAGGACUUUCAAGAAUACUGCAGCUCUGAUGAGUGGCAAAUUUAUAUUGACAAAUAUAUUAUUCCAAAUAUGAAGCAGUAUGAAGAGAAUUCAUUCAGACAUGAUCAUGAGCAGAUGGCACUUUACUGGAAAGAUUGUUAUGAAGCAUUUAUGGUGAACAUGCACAAGCGAGACCGGGAGAGAGGAGAAAGUAAGCUUAAAUUUCAGGAGCAUUUUGUGGAACCAUUCAGCCGAAAGGCUCGACAGGAAAAUCUGCGGUACAACAGUAUGCUAAGGCAACUUAACAGUCAACACACAGCUACUCUGAGACAGUGGAGGGCAGCACAGCUUUACUUGCUCUCUGAACGUGGUCCUUGGUCUGAAAUGAAACGGCAUCCUGUUCACUGGAAACUGUCAAACGUGGAAAAUUUUUCACGUAUGAGACUAAAACUAGUACAAAAUUACAACUUCAACUCUCACCAGGAUGCAAGUGACCUGAGAGAUAAUUUAGGUGUGCAUCAGACUCAGCCCUCUAGUGAGUCUCUGCUUCUGGAGGUCGUGAAGCAGGUGAAAGUGAGUGACUUGGAAGACGAUGUUCUUGAACUACCUGAAGAAGACACAGCAGCCAGUUCCAACUUGGAUGACAAGGAUGAGCAAAGUCAGAAAGAAAAGCUAAUACUGUCUGAAGACUGUGAACUCAUUACAGUAAUUGAUGUGAUACCUGGCAGGCUGGAGAUCACUACCCAACACAUCUAUUUCUUUGAUGGUAGCAUUGAAAAAGAGGAAGGGGUAGGUUUUGAUUUCAAAUGGCACCUUUCUCAAAUUCGAGAGAUACAUUUGCGUCGGUACAACCUGAGGAGGUCAGCUUUGGAGAUCUUCCUUACAGAUCAAACCAACUAUUUCCUCAACUUCAAUAAGGAGGUACGAAACAAAGUAUACAGCAGAAUACUGUCACUGUGUUCUCCAAAUAUUUCUGGGACCAGAUCUCCACAGGAACUUUUUAAAGCUUCAGGUUUGAUGCAGAAAUGGGUGAAUAGAGAAAUAUCCAACUUUGACUACCUUAUUCAGCUGAACACAAUGGCAGGACGAACUUACAAUGACCUUGCUCAAUAUCCUGUGUUCCCCUGGAUUUUACGAGAUUAUACUUCAGAAGAACUGGACCUGAAUAAUCCUGCAGUUUUUAGGGAUCUGUCCAAACCCAUAGGGGUGGUAAAUGAAAAGAAUGCUAAGGCUGUGAAAGAGAAAUAUGAGAGUUUUGAGGAUCCCCUUGGGAUGAUUGACAAAUUUCACUAUGGGACACAUUACUCAAACGCUGCUGGUGUCAUGCAUUACCUCAUUCGGGUAGAACCUUUCACAACACUUCAUAUCCAGCUCCAAAGUGGCAGAUUUGACUGUGCUGAUAGGCAGUUCCACUCUAUUCCUGCUACCUGGCAGGCACUCAUGGACAACCCCAAUGAUGUCAAGGAACUUAUACCAGAGUUCUUCUACUUUCCAGAAUUCCUGGAGAAUCAGAAUGGUUUUAACUUAGGUCAGCUUCAAAUAUCCAAAGAGGUGGUAAAUGACGUUGUUCUCCCUAAAUGGGCUCAUUCUCCAGAAGAUUUCAUUUAUAAACACAGGAAGGCUCUGGAAUCUGAGUAUGUUUCUGCUCAUCUUCACGAAUGGAUAGAUUUGAUUUUUGGCUACAAGCAGAGGGGACCAGCUGCAGUGGAAGCACUCAAUGUGUUCUAUUAUUGUACUUAUGAAGGGGCUGUGGAUUUGGAUGCUUUAACAGAUGAUAAAGAAAGGAAAGCUUUAGAAGGGAUGAUAAACAAUUUUGGACAAACUCCCUGUCAGCUGUUAAAGGAGCCCCAUCCACAAAGGCUGUCAGCAGAAGAGGUAGUACAAAGACUAACUAAAAGUGAUACCUCUACUUUGAAUCUCUUCCAACACCUCACUGAACUGAAGUCAUUCUUCAUAGAGGGAAUCAGUGAUGGUGUGCCCAUUGUCAAAGCUGUUGUCCCCAGGACCCAGUCACGGUCUUUUAUUUCUCAGGGAAGCCCAGAGAUUUUGGUAACGGCAAGCCUCAACUGCAUUAUUGGAACUCAUGGUUGGCUGCCUUAUGAUAAAAAUAUCUCCAACUACUUUACAUUCAUCAGGGAUACCACAGUGACAAAUCCCAAAACACAACGCAACGUGAGUGGUCCUUUUGCCCCGGGGCUGGAGAUCACCUCUAAGUUGUUUGCAGUAUCCCAUGAUGCAAAACUGCUCUUCAGUGGAGGACACUGGGACAAUAGCAUCAGAGUAACAUCACUUACAAAAGGCAAGCUGAUUGGACAGCACAUCAGGCAUAUGGAUAUUGUGACCUGUUUGGCAAUAGACUACUGUGGAAUUCAUUUAAUUUCAGGCUCCAGAGAUACCACCUGUAUGAUAUGGCACAUAAUUCAUCAGGGAGGAGUGCCUGUAGGCCUGGCACCUAAGCCAUUACAGAUCCUUUAUGGGCAUACUGAUGAAGUUUCGAGUGUUGCCAUCAGCACUGAACUGGAUAUGGCAGUAUCAGGAUCCAGGGAUGGGACAGUUAUUGUCCGCACUAUUCGGAAAGGUCAGUACGUGAGGACUUUGCGACCCCCUUGUGAGAGUUCUCUCCUGCUGACUGUUCCCAACCUGGCUGUGUCUUGGGAAGGCCAUAUAGUUGUCCACACCAGCAUAGAAGGAAAGACUACUCUUAAGGAUAAGAAUGCAUUACAUCUCUAUUCUGUCAAUGGAAAAUACCUGGGUUCUGAGACUCUGAAGGAGGAAGUGUCAGAUAUGUGUGUGACUGGCGAGUAUAUCGUGAUGGGCAGCUUACAAGGAUUUCUUUCCAUACGGGAUCUCUACAGCUUGAGUUUGACCAUCUCCCCCUUAGCCAUGAGACUGCCAAUUCAUUGCAUUUCUGUCACAAAAGAAUAUAGCCACAUCCUUGUUGGCUUGGAGGACGGCAAGUUGAUUAUCGUUGGUGUUGGCAAGCCAGCAGAGAUGCGCUCAGGUCAGCUUUCCCGAAAGCUGUGGGGAUCAAGCAAACGGCUCAGCCAGAUUUCAUCAGGAGAGACUGAAUAUAACACUCAAGAUUCCAAGUGAUUGCUGCUUCUACCUUCUCUCACGGAUUCCAGAAACAUAUUUAAUCUUUUGGUCACUUUAAAUGUGUAUCUCACCUUUCAGAGCCUUAAUUCUUAAGUCUGUUGAUGAUGAACCUAUGGUAGAGAUAUAGUAAUAAGCAUAUGUAAUCAGGCAACUUAGCUUGCUUGCAUAUUUUUCCUUAACUGUGUUGAUGUGGUCACAGCAGGAUCCCUCUCUAAAUAGCUGCUAAAAGCGUGUUUCAGAAAAAAAAAUAAAUUUUGAUAAUUUAAGAUAAAUAGCAUUUGAUUUAAAGCUGAAUAGGGCCAAGUGCUCGUUGAUCACAAGCUGUUUGGCUUUGCUUUGACAGCAUUGUAAUUCUCCAGCAGUAAAUGAAAAUUCUGGCAGUCGCAGUGGUCAGAUUCAGACUUGAGAUAGCUGGCAGUUAUGACCUUUUCCAUGUAUUUUUUUUAGCCCAAUGAACAUCUGUUGCAAUUUGUUCCUGUAAAUGGCUAUUGCUAUCUUCUUUAGUAUAGUUUUAGUUUUAGGCUGUUUGGCAAGGGACAUCUGUAUUGCACUACUUUAUUAUCAGAAAUUGUUUAAAGUACAGACAUAACUAACUUCAAGGGAGUUGAAGGUGGUGAAGGAGCUAAAGGAGGUAGGAAAUACUUGCUGCUGAAAAUUUAUUUAUAUUGUUAGGUAGACUAAGCCACACACCAAGAAAUCCCAUAAUAUAUUUAGUAUCUUUAAGAAAUACAGAGGAAGAAUUGGUAUCCAUAUAUUGAUCAAAGAUCAAUCUGCUUCAUUAGUAAGGUAACUGUAGUGUUUCUGCAUUGACAGUAUCUAGUAUAAAGUGCAAAAUCAUUUAAACAGUGCAGCAUAAUUUAAUUAAAUAGCAUCUGUUUGUUUCUUGGCUUGGUGUUCACCAAACCACUUGUUAGCCUUUUUUUCUUGUUUGCCCUCUAUAAACAAGCAAGGAAACAGAUAAUGUAUCCACUUUCAAGAUGUGUUUAAGACAUGGGAUGAGAAAAUAUCAGAUCUUUACCUGUGCUAUAUCCAACAAAAUAGUUAUGGAUUGUGUGCUAUGUUUUAGAGAAGCCAUUGCUGAUUUUAUUUUUUUUUGUUUAGCAAUACAUGAUGAUAGAAGGGUUGCGUUUUCCUAUAAUUCUGAUAUUUUUAUAAUGUUAUUGAUUUAAGUGAUAAACCCUAUACUGUUAGAAAAGCCUGGUGCUGAGGGAAUAAGACAGGUUUUUGGAUUGGCAUGCAAAGGUAUGUGUGCAUAUGUAUUAUAUGUGUGUAUGUUUGUAUAUAUAUGUAUAUUCAUGUAUGUAUGUCUAUUAAAAGGAGAAAAUACCGUGGGGUAAGAGGAAUUAUAGGCAUAAAGCAGAGCUCUAAGUGAUUGUUAGCUAGUAUGUUCCCCUUUGACUACUCCUUUCUUCCCUCUGCCAUCACUUUUCUUGUUAUUUUUAUUUAUUUAUGGAAAUGAAAGUGUGUUGUAUCUCUUAUAAAUGUUAUCAGAUGCUCCCUGUGGCUGGGGAGCUGUUGAACUACCUGAGGAACUCCAUAAUGUAUAAUCUUAUUUCAUUAACUUUUAGCACAAUAUUUAUUAACUUUGUAGAAAUAGUAUCUCUUUACCGCACAAAAGGAUAAUCUUAACAAGUUCUGUUAGUCUCAUUUAAACUGUUCUCACUGCCUCUAUUUCUUUACUGGAAAAAAAACCCAAUCAGCCCUCCUAGUGUGCUGUGCAAAGAAAGUCGUGCUGCUUUUUCUCAACUUUUGUAAAUGAAAUAAGAAAUCAGACUAGUGAAUAAGUGGGUCUAUGCAUAGUUGCAAUGUUCUAGCUAAUAACUGUGACAGACUGGAUUGUCUGGAAAGUUAGGAGAAAUAAGAAUUAUUUCCCUGAGUCAUUUGCCAAGAGAAGAUUAAAUUUCCAGAAGUAGAAUGGUGUGGUUUUUUCAGCCUCCAUGUAUGUAAAGAAACUACUCAAAUGCACCUGUACUUUCAAAUAAGCUACAGAGAUGUGAAAACACUAUUUUAUAAACAAUUGCUUAUCCAGUAAGAGUACUAAGGAUGCUCUGGAAGUAUUAAGUGUGUUCAUGAGAAUGUGAAGUAUGUUUGUCCAUUAUGAUUUCAUGAAGGAGAGAUUCCAGGGGACAUCUCCUGAGAGCAGUUGAGAAGAAUUUCAGCUCAGAAUGUGAGAUCUUUCUGUGUUAUGGGAAGUUAGAAAAUUCAUUUGGGACACUGAGUUGAUAGUUUUUGUAAGUUUGCAUACAUGUUCUGGCUAAAUGCAUAUAUGAGGUUAAGUGUUUACUUGCAGGGGAAGAGGGCAGGAAAGGAUGUGUUGGGCUAGCAGAAUCAAGAGGAAAAAUUGAGGAGAGAGGUCUUUUGUAGUGUUUGGUGAAAGCAUAGUUUGUUUUUUGUCACUUCCACAGAGGGGUUCAAAUAAGGGUUUGAAAACAUCCUACUGUGAGUUAGGUAAGUUUAUACAACAGUUGAAUAAAUGGUUGAUUGUAGUUUAGUAUUAAAGAAUACUGAAUACACUGCAUCAGUUUAAGUAAAAUAUAAUGUUGUUGCAAUAAUUUGGGAUGAAAGUCUAUAGUGAAAAGCUUUGACACUGAGUACCAUCAUUUCAUUACAUUACAAGCAUUACAUGAUUGUCACAAGCAUCUGGGAUAGGUUUAAUUGUGGGUGUUUCCUGAGCUCUGAAAUUUAAAGCUAGUUUGUGUUCAGGACAAAGCAGCAGCAAGAAUGAAGAGGGGCAGAGGUGAGCUCUAGGCUGCUUUAUGCUCUGUGUGGAAUGACAACAUCCAUUGCCUUUUCAUCUUUUAUCUGGUCCUUGAGGAUGGGGAGGUAAACACCACUGCAUGUUUAGCAUUCUAGAAAGACCCCAUAGACUUCAUCUAAACCCAGCUUUAAAUAAAAGAUAUAGGACACAAUUGUGUUAGGUGGUACGUUGUUUCUUUUGGCUUUAACUUAUUUGUAUAAAUAUUUUUUUAAAGUAGAAAACAUUUUUUUCUUAUCAGCUAUUUAGGUUGGUUGAGUUGAGGUCUGUUAUAUGGAGUGCACUGUGAAUUAGCAAACUGACUUCCAUAAUUCUUUGGUUUCCUCAAGUUUGGUAGUAUCUUUUAAUUUUUUAGAACAACUCUAAUGUAUCAAAGUUCAAGAUAUUCUUACUUUUGAAGCUGAGUGAAUAGGAGUGUAAAUAUAUAUAUUUCUGAAAGAAAAUGAAACCCAGCUCUCUUUCCAUACUUGUAUAUAAAUGAGAUCAAGUAGUUAGCAGUAUUAACUUCUCCAUAGCACAGUUUUGAACUUGCAUACCAAAGGAUGAUAUUUAGAAUACAUUUCUCCUUUAUUUCAAGUGAAAUGUUUGUUAAAUUUCUCUAUCAAUUUACUUGUUCUUGAUAGUAUUUUACUUUAUCUAUAGUGAGGAAUCUCAUCUAGUCUGUGCAGGUUUUGUACUAUACAAGCAUUCAGAAAGUGAAAUGCUUGCUGUUCAAGUUAGCAUCUGACACAAAUUACUUGAUAUCAAUAUAUUUGUUACCUAAUAAUCACAGAUUAUCAAGAAACUACAUCUCUGUCAUCCAUGUACUUCAACACCAGCACAAAAUAAUACCCUUAAACUAACUGCACUUCUGAUGGUUAACAGGCAUUGUGGAAAUUAGGGCCUGAUCGAUUAAAAAGGAAACAAACAAAAAAAUAAAACCUAUCUGCACCCGCACAUUACAAUUGUUUUGCUAAUCUGCAAUUGAAAUAAACAAGCUUUCUUUCCCCCAAUGUACCUUAGAUCAUGACUUUUAUCUCAAAACAGGUUUAUCAAGGUCUUCAGAGGCUUUAAAUAAGUCUAGUCAAUCAGCUGUUUUGUAAGGAUCCUCUUAAGGGUUGUAUUUUUGUGUCCUUUAAAUGAAGUGCAAUGAACUAAGCUUCUGCACUGUAAAAAUGCUGUAUGGGACUGGUAACAGUCCUACAUCAGCCUGCUUUAAGGCAGUCCUGCAGGAGUGGUAAAUUUAUUUUUAUUUGUAAUGCACAGUAAUUAGCUAAGUCUUCCAACUCUUGCCUUAGUCAAGCAAGGGAGCUGUAUACCUCACUUCCCUAGACUGUCUCCCUCCUCCCUGUUUCCGCUGCAAGUCUUUCCCAAUCUCAGUUAACAAAAUCAUUGAAAGUGUACGUACAGCAACCAAAUGCUUAACAAAGUUUUUAGUGUAUGUGUGUAUAUUUAGUUGAAAAUGUGUAUCUGUAUACAGAUUAUGGUAGGGAGUUUUAGAGCUGGGGAGGAAAGUAGAGGAGGUGCCUGCCUCCAUCAUUUCCUACACUGAGAAUCUGUAGACAUUUUCUCUGUAUUGUCACCUGAAGGCACUCCUCUCUUCCACUGUUAAAGGCAUCUUGCUGGCUAGGUUAGGUGCUGAGGCUAUGUGCUGUGAAUAUUUUUUUUUCCUGUCAAAGAAUUACCAAAAAACCCCAACCCACAUAUAAAUACAUAUCCUAAUAUGAACCUAAGGCCUCAUCUAAUACUGUUAGCUGAAAGCACUACAUAGGGUUAUAUUUAAUUGGGUGGAAAUUCAAGCAUGUACUUCAGUGCUUUUUAGAAUGAGCUUUUCAUGCUUUUUGGUUUAAAAGCUAUGUUGGUUUCAGCUGUAAACAUGACACUUAUUAGUAGUUUCUUUUUGGGGAAAGUGACAAUUUUUGUGCAGUCAUAUGCCUGUGGGUUCAUUGUAUACCAAUGUUAGGCUUAACUGGUGUUUGGAAGAUGUCUUUCUUUCCAUCCCAAGACCCAAAUUUCCCUCAUUGCUAUGAAUUGCCCUUGCUAACAGAUACUUUUAAAGGAAACAAGGGUUUUCUGAAAAGCUGUUGCAGUUAAAGACCCAUAAUGGUAAAAUACUAUUGUCCCCUUCAUCGCUGUUAUAAUCAUCAGAUGCCUGAAUGCAGUAAUGCCUCUGAGUGGCAGCAUAGCAUGAUAUGUGUGAGUCUGAGUUGUGCACUACUCAUCUUAACUGCAGUCUUGGACACUGCAUAUAUGAGGAACUGCCUGUAGUGUUUAAUCAAAGGUACCCUUUGUUUGGUUUUAAUUCACCUUUUGCAGUGCAUCUGUGGAAGAAAUUUGGUAUGUCUUCUUUUAGUUGCCAUUUACCCAAAUAGCCCAGAUAAAACAAGUGUUUCACUUGUUUUCUUCAGAAGAGAGUUCUUCUGGUUACAUGUUCUUUCUGUUUUUGUCUACUUGGGAAAUUUAGCAAGUAUUUCCAGAACUUAGGUCUGUGAUGAUACUCUGCAUAGAGAAUUUCAUAAUGUAUCUUCUGUCCCACAAGCAUGAUUGUCAAUAUAGGUUGUGGUUUAAAGCUGCUAAGGUGUUCUGAGAUUGAAGUAAAAACCAUCCAGCCAUAUAUAUCUUAGAUCUAACUGAACUUAGAGGCCACUUGUUUAUUUAGUUUCCAGCCUAGUCAGUGUUCCUCUUGAGGGAACCAUAUUUUUUGCCUUGAAGUAACUUUGUAAAAUAAUCUUGCACCUGACAGUACUGCUUUAGUCAUAUGUAGCUGUGAGCUGUUGCUUAAAGAAAGCCGUGGUGGUGGUGGUGGGAAAUCAAGGAAAACUUGUGAUCUAUUUUCUGGUUCAACCCUUCACUAUGGAGGAGCAGCUAAAUAAAAUAUUAGAGAAAUGCUGCUUGUGAGACUUGCCUCCCUUUGGUCAGUGUUUUGAUGGAAGCUGUAAUGCUACUCACUUUGGUUGACGCAUUUUUACUAAUGCUAAUGAGGGAGUGGAAGCAAGGGCCUUACAGCAACAGUUAACUAUAUCUUCUCAAAUUCUCACAGACCGUGCAAUUAUGUGAUUACAAAUGGAUUUUUUAAUGCCAAAAAUGCCUUUUUUAAGAGUCAAAUGUUAGGUCUAAGGAGUGUUGGAAAUACCUACUUUCAAAAAUGAGCCUUCAGACACUGUAAUAAACUUGCUUGUCAGUCUUCUGUGCAAUAUCUUUUUCCCUUCUGAGUGCUUUAAGAGUAUACUGUAUGUCUUCCUUUGUUUUGAUCAGUAUGUUUUAAGAGUGUGUAUAUUGGCUAAUGAUGGAUUUUUUUUUUCUGUACAGCAUUGUGGAAGAUGUUUUAAAAUUUUGCACUUUUCUAGGAUUUGCAAGUUUGUAACCUGAAAUUUUUAACAUGCACACUUUUGUAUAUAAUUAGCAUUGUAUAUAUUUAACAUGAGUUUGAAGCAAAUAAAAGUAAUUGAAUGCA